AUGGUGAAACCGUUUAUUCCGGACUAUGAGAGGAGAACGAUUCCUCUGGUUCCCAUGAUUGCCAUUUCGUUUGUCACGCUCUUGGACAAUUUCUGCAACACAUUGGUCAACCCCAUUAUUCCGUAUCUCUGCAAAGUUUAUUUUCCAGAUCUGGAGGAUGCUGAGAUAGGUCACUACAGUGGAUGGAUCACAGCAUCGUAUGCCCUGGGUGGAAUCCCGGGAAACUUCUUCUGGGGUUGGUUUGCAGAUCGAUACGGGCGACGCUGGUCGAUCUGUUUAAGUGUGAUGAUUUCGAUCAAUAUUUUCGGAUUGGCAACCAAUUACGCCACUGCUAUCUUGGGUCGAGCUCUUUGGGGCUUUUUAAACGGUAAUUUGGGAAUCGCCAAGACGUACAUUAGCGAAAUCUGUAAUGACUACACCCAGACAACUGGUUUUGCCAUUUUCCAGACAAGAAAUGUCGUAACACGCAGUAUCCUGGGUCCUACCCUCGGUGGCUAUCUAUCGAAGCCCGAAGAGAAUUUUCCGGAACUGACAAAGCGCUAUCCAUAUCGUUACUAUAUUCCGUGUUUCACCGCCUUCUUGAUAUGUCUUUUUAUUCUGAUCAUGGUGCUUUUCUGUCUGCCAGAAACUCUCUCCAAAGAGGAUGUGCGCAAAAACGAGGAGCUUCUGAAGCGUUCUCGCGAAGGAAUGGCUCGUCUGAAGGAAAAACGGGAGCGAGAUCCGAAUUAUCGUCCUACCGAAGAAGAGCGAAUCCAGGAGAUUCUCAUGCGAGGGUCCUAUGCGAAGCUGGUGGCGGACAAGCGAAUUCUGCUGUCGGUGGUGUUGAUGCGCUCUACCCGGUGUGGAUGA